AAAAACUUUUUUUUUUUUUUUUUAAAAAAAAAAAAAGCGAAAUAGGUUAAAUGAAAUAUUUGUGUAAAGCUGUAGCCUAAUGGUUUUUUUCACAUCCCAUCACACAAGAGUUUGUGGGUUCAAAACCCAUAACUCACACUUUUUUUUUUCUUUUUGUUUCCUGUUUUCCUCAAGACUUAGACGGAGCGUUUGGCAAAUGAGAAUGAGAAUUUGGGGAAUAUAAGGUGGGAGUGGGAAUGGGAAUUAAUAGGUGGGAAUUCAUGAGAUAAUCCCAAUCCCUUGUUUGGCAUAUUUUGGAAAUAAGAUUGAGAAAUUUUAAAUCCUAUGUUUGGUAUGUGGGAAUAAUAGAAGGAUUAAAAGCAUAAUUUACAAGAUUACCCUUUACAUAUUAAAAAAGUGUAAUAUAUGUCACAAAAGAGGGGGUAAUAUUACCUUUUUAACAAUUCAGUGAAUUCCCCCACAAUAUUACCUGCCCUCCAAGUAAUAAAAUGUAGGGAAUACAAGCUAAUUAUUCCCAAGCCUAUUCCCAUUUUAUAUCAUAAUUCCCACCAUCCAAACAUGGGUUUAUAAAGAUUAGGGAUUAUUAUUCCCAUUCCCAACCCAUAAUCCCACUUACCAAACAGCCCGAGAAGGUACGGAGGAGAACGCAAUUACCUUCUCAGCUUUCCUCUUCCUCAUUCCCCCAAAUUGCAAAACCCUAACUUUGGGGAUUUUUUUUGCUAAAUCGUUGAAUUUCAUAUGCUAAUAUACAUUACGAAUUGGGGAUUUUUUGUAAAUCGCUGAAGAUUGGUUAUAAUUCGCUAAUUUACUUAAGUUCUCAAUUUGGGGAUUUUUUUCGCUAAAUCGUACGGCAGACGACCAGGUUCCUUGCUCCACCGACGUCCGACGACGACCACACGGAAGACGCGUCGACGCCUCUUGCCUCCACGAGUCCACGGUAGUCUGUUUCGAACCCCCUCUUUGGAAAUCCGGGAGACGCCACUGAUGGGGGCUUUUGUUUAGUUUUGAUGAAAAAAACAAUCGCUGCUGGGAAAAGGACUAUGUUUCUCUUUGCUUUCCUCCUCCCUAUUUUGCGUCUUGGCCUAUUGCUAUGAUUCCGACUAAUUUACAUUGAAAUGGUUAGGUCCAAGUAACGACUCCUUUCUACUGUUUUCUCCCCUUUUUAUUGAUUGAGUCUGUGUGCAAGUUAAACUUUUGGCUACUGGAAUAACAGUUAAAUGACUUGGUUAAAUUUUAUGCUUCCUGAGUCAUCUUAUGGGAACUGUAUUUGUGACAAUCUGAAUUAUUAAUUCCUCAAAGAAGUUUUUGUCGUAAAGGGAAAAUAAGAGGAAAAACUUGACAAGUCCUACUCCGUAUUAAAUUAAUUAAUCUUCUGAAAAUGUAUUUGUGAGAUGUAUGACCAUAUUGCACUGAAUUUCUUACGAGGUUUGUAUGCAUAUAUGAACUCAAAUUUGCCAACUGGAUUUAGCCUAAAUUUAGUAUCCUAUUUCUGAAAUCUGCUAGUACUUGAUAGCAAUUUUCUACGAAACUUGUUGAGACGGGAAAGUUUGAAACUCAUGAUCGAGUCUACUUACUUUUGAAGUUAGUGUUGAUGUUUCCCGUUGCAACGGCAAGUGUAGAAAGAGUAUUUUCCAGAAUGAUGCAAGUGAAAGAUAAAUUGCGUAAUAGCAUGGGAGUCAAAUGUUGAAUGAUUGUUUGAUUACUUAUUAUCUAGAAAGAGAUUUGUUUUAUAAUGUUAGCAUGGAUGAUAUUGUAAGUCGUUAUCAAAACAUGAAAAUUCGUUUGUAAUAUGUAUUUGCAUUACUUUAUGAAAUGAACUUUUUUAUGUAUUUUUUUUUCUUCAUUAUACAAGCUUUGAUUAUUUUUUGAUAUUUUAUGCGGUCGAUGGACGAUGAUGGGACAACCUAUUAAUCAAAUCCUGGAUCCGCCACUGCAUAUAUUCCUCUCUUUCUGUUUCUCUGUAGCAAGUAUAAAAUGGCGGGUGUGACGGGAACCCUAACAAACACAGCACUACAACAUAGCUUUAAACAGUUUACACUCUCCAAAUUACGACAACUUCAUCAACAUAGAAAACUUCAUUUUCAUCUUAAUUUUGCUAAUUUCUCCACGACCCAAUUCAAUUCUCACAAAACCCAUUCAGCAAAUGUGGAUAAUUUGAUUGUUCUUGGGAUUGAAACAAGUUGUGAUGACACCGCUGCUGCUGUUGUGAGAGGCAAUGGAGAAAUUCUUAGUCAAGUCGUGUCAACUCAGGCAGAUCUGCUUGUCCAAUAUGGAGGAGUUGCCCCAAAAAUGGCUGAAGAGGCCCAUUCGAGGGCCAUUGAUUGGGUUACACAAGCAGCACUUGAUAAAGCAAAUUUAACCGCUAAAGAUCUUUCCGCAGUCGCAGUUACUAUUGGUCCUGGAUUAAGUCUUUGCCUACGUGUUGGUGUCUGUAAAGGUCGAGAAAUUGCUCGUAGCUUCCAGCUGCCUAUAAUUGGCGUGCAUCAUAUGGAGGCCCAUACUUUAGUAGCAAGGUUGACAGAUAGAGACCUUCAGUUUCCCUUCAUGGCUCUGCUCAUUUCAGGAGGACACAAUCUUCUGAUUCUUGCACAUGGUCUGGGCCAUUACAUACAACUUGGAACGACCAUUGAUGAUGCAAUUGGUGAAGCAUACGACAAGACAGCAAAGUGGCUUGGCCUUGAUAUGAGGAGGAGUAGUGGUCCUGCUAUAGAGGAUCUUGCCCGAGAGGGUGAUCCUGACUCUAUAAGAUUCAAAACUCCAAUGCUACAUCACAAGGAUUGCAACUUUUCCUAUGCUGGUCUGAAAACUCAAGUGAAGCUGGCAAUUGCAUCAAAAAACAUUGAUGCUGAAAUUCCCCUUUCCUUAGCAAGUAGCCAUGAAAGAAGCUCUAGGGCUGACAUUGCUGCUUCUUUUCAGCGAGUUGCAGUGUUGCAUUUGGAGGAAAGAUGUGAAAGAGCUAUCGAAUGGGCAUUGAAAAUGGAGCCAUCAAUUAAAUGCUUUGUUGUCUCAGGUGGCGUAGCGUCAAAUCAAUAUGUGAGAGCAAGACUUGAUCAGAUUGCCAAGAAUAAAGGCCUGCAGCUUGUUUGCCCCCCACCCAGCCUUUGUACUGACAAUGGUGUCAUGGUUGCUUGGACUGGCAUUGAGCACUUUCAGAUGGGAAGAUUUGAUACACCACCACCUGCCGAUGAACCUGAAGAUACAGUGUAUGAUCUCCGACCUAGAUGGCCGCUGGGGGAGGAAUAUGCUGAUGGAAAAAGUGAGGCACGCUCCAUGAGAAAAGCCAGGAUGCAUCCAUCUCUCACAUCUCUCAUCCAAGGCUCAGCCAAACAACUCUUGUAGCAUCACAUGAUCUCCCAGUUUCUUCAUUAUGGUAAGUAGCGAUGCUUUUGAGGCAUCUGAUGCUGCUGGGUUUCCGUUAGGAUGCAAGAAUGCUGUGCUACGCUUAUCUGCAGGAGUCAUCCUUAACCAUUCAGUCUAAGAGUUGACAACUGUUCAUAUUACAGCAUUAGAACUGUAGAUCUUCAUCACUCAUAUUUUUUGUAUGUACUGAUUUUUUUUGCUUAUAAGUGAAAUCCAAUUUUCAAGGGCAAUGAUAGUUCUAAAGAUUUUUUUU